CUCCACCUGCUGCUGUCAGUGGUUACAAGCUGGACUCCAUGUUUAUUAUUAUCAUCGGUUUGGACUAAUUCUGGUCAGGUUUGAGAUUUGCAGGUGGUGUAGUUUUCAAGCUGGAUCUAAUGUCGUUUGCUUAUUUGACCGUAAGAGACCGAAUGCCUACCAUUUUGACUAAAGUUAUAGACACGAUACACCGCAACAAAAACAAGUUCUUUGAGGAACACGGAGAGGAGGGGAUCAGUGCGGAGAAACAAGCAAUAUCUCUGCUCUCUAAGCUGAGGAAUGAGCUACAAACCGAUAAGCCAAUACUGGAAUUGAUGGACGGCUUGCCAGACGCGGAGUCCUGGAACCAGUACCUGCAGAGACAGCAGCGUCAGCAGGGGGACCAGGAGCCUGUUAGCUGGUUCAAAUCUCCCUGGCUGUAUGUGGAGUGCUACAUGUACAGGAGGCUACAAGAGGCAAUCUGGCUCAACCCUCCGAUUAACAACUUUGACUUCUUUAACGAGGGAAAGACCGAAGGCUUUUUUGAGUCUCAGCAGGCUGUGAUGACUUUAUGUACUUACCUGGGAGACAUCCAGAAGAGCAUGCAGACGCUUUCGGAGAACCAGUUGUCUCAGUAUUUCAACAAACUACUCCAGGUUUCUCUUUGGGGGAACAAGUGUGAUCUCUCCAUCUCUGCUGGUCAAAAGAACUCUCAGGACUCGAGCCCAAUAGAUUCCCUCAACAGCCUACAGUCUUUUAUCCUGGUGGAUGACUCCAACGCGGUGUGGUUGACUCUCAAUUCCUCGAGGAGACUAGAAGGGUCGGGCAAAACCACGGCAGACAGAGUGGACAUUGUGCUAGACAAUGCAGGCUUUGAGCUGGUAACGGACUUAGUCUUAGCAGAUUUCCUGGUGUCCUCAGGCCUCGCACGUCAAAUUCACUUUCACGGCAAAUGCUUCCCGUGGUUCGUCUCUGACGUCACGGCCAACGACUUUCAGUGGACCAUCCGGCAGACCAUGGCAGCCAAUCACAAGUGGAUGUGUAAGAGCGGCUUCCAGUGGCAGAGCUACCUCAAAGAGGGCGUCUGGUGCUAUCACGACCAUCCUUUCUGGACUCAGCCGCACGAGUUCUGCGACAUGGCAGCCGACGCACCGGAGCUGUACGCCGCGCUCCAGGGAGCGGACCUGGUGCUAUUUAAAGGCGAUCUCAACUACAGGAAGCUGACUGGUGACAGGGACUGGGCUCACACUGUGGAUUUCUCCACUGCGCUGAGAGGCUUUGAGCCCGCACCACUUUGCAGCCUGAGAACCCUCAAGGCCAACGUGCAGGUCGGUCUGCAGCCGGGCCAAGCGGAGAAGCUGGCGUCUCAAGACCCAUCGUGGAUGACCAACGGGAAGUACGCUGUUAUUCAGUUCCACGGCCCAAAGUUGCCGCAGUAAGUCUGACCUCAGGAUUAGACGGGGACGACUGGACUUCAUUAGAGUUUUUGCUGUAAGAAAGCACCAAAAUUAGGUGCUGCCAUUAUUAUCAAAGGUUCUUUUUAAGGACGUAUACAAUGCACAACAACAAUAACAGUGUUAAUAUCAAUGUCAUCUCAUAUAUAAAAUGUCUUUUUUUUUUUUUUUUUUAAAUGGAAAUGAUUUAUAAGUUGUGUGUUCUAUGCUUGGCAUGAAGUCAGAAUGUUUACAGGAUAUGCAGAUAGCAGAGCUAAAGUGACAUUUUGGGCUUAGUAAAUCUAACCUAAGCCGGAAACAUUUUAGCAUCUGGUUCAGAAUGAUUAUGAAUGGUAUUAAUAUGGUUAGUUUAUUUUUUUUAAUUCAUCAUAAACUGCUUAAUGUUUGCACUGGUGUUCAUGCAUCAAAACAAGAAAAUCACUUAACUGAUCUAGAGCUGCGUUUUGUCUGUUUUCUCAGUUGAAUUAAAUGAUUAUAUUAAUAGGGGGUAAAGGGAUGGUUUAACAUAUUGCUGGAAUGUGCUGCUCUUGCUUUGGAGGAAAAAUAACAAAAACCUCUUUGAAUGAUCUUGGUUAAAACCUUGGCUGUUGAUUGUAAUAAGUUCUUAGGGUUGCUGGAGCAAAGUGUUUAUUUUCAGAAUUUAUUCAAUAAAUUACUGCAAUGAAUAUUUUCCCUCCGUUGCUUUACUUUACAGAGAUUAUAAAUGAAACUUUGAGAUAAUGAAAGCUUAUUGACUGAAAUAUUGUUAAUAGGCAUGUGUUAUUGUUAAUAACCCAGCAACGGGAUUUUAAUUAGGAUGCAUAUGCAGUAAUUUAAGUCAGUUCUAAGUGAUCCCCAAUAUCUUGUGAUCUUCAUUGUGGUUUUUAAUUGUGGCUUUUAAUUUUUUACAAAGUGUCAGAUUGGUUUAGAUGAAUAAAUGAAAUUGUCUUUUAUAUUGGUGAGAGAGUAAAAACUGCUUAAUGAUUUGAAACAUAAUUAUUGCAAAGAAGCAAAACGGGUCUGUACCAAAUACGUUUUUACCCACCACUGUUUAGAUCAGCGCACCAGAAAAGUUCACAUUAUAUAUUGGGUGUCACAUCAGUUCCUUGUUCACCCGUUGACCUUUUCUAUAGCGGAGGUCAGGUUGGAGACCACUUGACAAAACUUCGGGAAAAUGCUACUAAAAUGUGCGUUACAAGUCUGGAUGCUCUUUAAGAAAUGGCCUGCUUUGUCAGUGUGGCCUCACAUGAAAAUAGGUUCAAUUACGGCAAGAAGCGACUUAUCUCUUCGCCGUUUAAGGUCAUUUACUGUGGCUGUUUUAUCUCUCAUCCCUCAUUUUCAUGUUUCCUGGUGUCUUAGUUUCAUUCGAGGGCAGAUGCACAAAAAUAUGUGUAAUCAGGCCCGCUUGUUUUCCACUUGACCUGUCAUGGAAAUCGGAAGGGUAAGUCAAGAAACAUGUUGCACAAAAGAUGCAAUGAGAGCUCUGUGUCAAACCUUGUUUUUUUUUUUUUUUUUUUUUUUUUUUUUUCUGACAAUGUGCUGGUCAAUAUUUGGAUGUGAAUCUGUUCAGAGGAACAAAGUAUUCACAAAGUUUUAAUGUGCUUCAACAAUCCAUAUUAGCUUGUAUGUUAUUGCUUUUGUUCUUGUAUGUAAAAACCUGCUGUAGAGACAGGAUAAAUUUCUCAAAGGUGUCUUGUCUCAAUUUGUUUUCUGAGCUGGGAUAUUUACCUUGAACAUCUAAGGACAAAAAAGGAUCAAAAGCCUAGAAUUUGUAUUGUGAACAUAAAUUGAAACCAGAUAUUUACACACUUAAAAGUAAAUUACUUCUUAUUUUCUUGUUUUUUCCUCUAAGAGCGGUUUAAGAUUACAAGAAUCUUUUGUUUGAUAAAUGCCAGAAUUAAAGAUAUUUUGUUAGA